AUGACCCGUCCCAAAGGCACUCUGAACAAGCAUCCCCGACCAGUCAAACCCAAGAAGGUCAAGCCUCCCAGACCGAUCACACCAAAGAAACCACGCGUAUACGGACCAAGACCCAUCCCCGGACCCAACGGCAACAAGCUGAAACAAGUACAAUACUUCCGGUUUGCUCACAACGACAUCGCCAUCUACCACUACCAAGCCUCCUUCAUCCCAGUCCUCAAACUACGGUCCCUGCUUGACCGCAAGGACCACGGCUUCGUCUGUGCCCUUCGAUCCGACGACCCUUUCCGCAAGAAACCCGUCCCACCUGGCGACGAAGUACCACCCGACUGCCUCGAGGUCAGCUACCUGGCCAAUGUCUUCCAACUCGGCGGCUCAGCGCUCGGUUUCCGCACAGGCGACAAUGUGAUAGAGUGGCUGUGCUUUGACAGAGAUAUUAAAACCAGUAUUCUGGAUAAGCUCGAUGUCAACACCGCAACUGCGAAAAUGCUGUUUGAGCAUGUCGCUGAUAUUGAGAGAUCGCCAUUCACGAGCAAGUGGUCGAGGAAAUUGGUUUGGACGGAGCAUAGGGAUUGGUAUGAUGCUUUGACGAGGGCGGGGCGGAUACAGAUGCGGUUCGCCAUGUCGUGGAGGGGGUUUGGCGAGAAAUUGAGGCAGGAGCAUUUGAGGAAGUGGGUUGCUGCUGGUGGGACACUGACCGCCGAGGGGGAGGUUGUGCGGGAUGGGACGCUUACCACUGAGGGAAUGUUUGUGCGCGAUGCGACUCUGACCACCGAGGCGGACGUGGUACGCGAUGACAGAGCAGAGACUAUCACGCAGGCUCGCCAGCGCGAUACCGCUAGCGCAGAGACAUUCGGCCGACGCACACCCAUAUUCCGCGAUGAACCUACCAGUCAGCAGUUCGUGUCGCCACAGUCUUGCAGGUCGAAGAACUCCCGAUCGUCAAGCACUUCUGUGCUCAGCGACCGAAGCACAAACACACGACAGAAACAACCUCUCCCAUCAAUGCCCAAGAAAUCGAAAGCGGAGCUACUGCUAGAAGGCAAGUACGUUUGA